AUGUAAUAAUCGGCAGAUAUCCACUAUGUUGAAAUGGCAAAUUAUUCUGAUGAAGCUUAUCAAUAAUAUAGAAAUCAAAUGUUUAACCCUCUUAUUCCUAUAGAUAAUUUGCCUCUUCAAAUUAAUCCAAUUUUGAAUGAAAAUGAGUAAGCUGAUUAGCUUGAGAUGAGAUACUAAUUCCUCUUCAAAUAUUAUGUUAAGUAGAUUUUUCAAAUUCUUGGUAUAGCAUUAGUUUUUGGAAUCAAUUAAUUUGAAGUUUUCUCUUCAGUUUAUUCAUCUGAAGUAGAGAAAGAAUUUUGUAAUUCCUCUUACAGUAAUCUGAUAUUUUAAGAAAUAUCAGAUUAUUAUGGUUCUUCAUAAGAAUCUUCAAAAUGGAAAGAAUAAAAAAUAAGAGAUUAUGAGUUUACAUGGGUAUAUUAUUUUAUUGUUACUAUUACUGCAUUCUUUAUUCUUUUUGUAGCAUUUCUCAGAAAUUAUAGAUGUUUUGUAUAUAUAUUUGAUCUUAUUUUUAGGCUAAAAAGUAAAAUAUUUUGCUUUUUAUUUAAACACUCUUAUUUGGUACCUUAUUAGGAGGGUUUGCUUAUGUGUCAUAAAAUAAUUGGAAAUAUAAGAAUAAAAUAUAUUUUAUCCUAUUAACUUUACUAAGCUUAAUUAUUCAUGCUUUAUUCAAUAUAGUUUUAAUAAAAAUAAAGAAAAUUUAAUUUUAUGGAAAACUAGUAAAAACAUUAAUUUUUAUAUUUUUUUCAUUAAACUUUCUGGUAGGAUUCAAAUAUUAUUAUAUCCCACAAAUUUUGCCAAUAGUAGAAUUUUUAGUCAUAUAUUUCUUUUUUUACUUUGAUUGUUUAAAUAUUUCACUUCUUGUAUAACCAUAAGAACUAUCCUAAACAAUAAACAUUAUUGAUAUAAUAAAAAAGACUUAUUAUGAUGGAAAUUAAAGGGGAAUUCUAUCUAAUUAGCAUUAUAUAAUGAUCAAUAAAAAGUUACUAGCAAUCAUUGCUAUAGUAAUUGGACUAAUUCUAUUUGAAGUAUUUAGCUACUUUAUUAAUACUGUAUUUUUCAUCAUAAUUUCAAUUAUAACAGGAUCUACUUUAUUUAGUUUUAUUGUUCCAACCCAAGUGGCUCAAUAAGUAUUAUUUUUUUAUAUUUGAUAGAACUUAGAUUUAGAUGAUGUAAGCAUUUCAGUUAUGAUAACUUACUUAGAUUUUUUCUUUCCAAUCCCAAAUAUCCUCAGAAGAUUAAGAAAAUGA